UGUUAUUAAAUGUCAAAGGUGACAGUGACGUCUAUCUUGUGUUGAUAAAUUCUAAAUUGUUAAAAUAAUAAUUCAACAAAGGUUUAAUAACGUUGAGAUUUUUAGUAAAUAAUAAAUCAUUUAAGAUGGAAGAGGACGAUCAUGAUGAACUAUUGCAAUGCACAGAUGAUGAAUCUCUGUCAGAGACAGAAGAUCAAUGUCUUCCUAUAGACAAACCUGAAGAAAAUUAUACUCAAAAUUUGUCAUAUUUUAGCCAUACAAAACUUGAGUUUUUAACAACAAAAUUAACUUUAAUUUUUUCAACAACUGUAAUGUUAGUUCUUCUACCACUAUACAUUGAUUCCAUAAAUGUUAAAGGCAAUGUUUAUUCAUUAAUUUUAACCAAUACUGUUAUUUCCACAGUACUAUUUAUUAUAACCAUGGUUAUAGCUAAAUUGGCUUGUGAAAAAUACAGGAAUGUUAAAGUUUUAAGCUUCCCAAUUAAGUUUUGGAAACUACUGCAGCUGUCUGGAGUAUACUUUUUGAGUGGAUUUAUGAUAAUUUAUGCAUUAGAUAGAAAAAGAGUUGUUUGCCAUUUACAAGAUCCCAUAAAAGGCAUUGUACUGGUGUUCUCUCUCUUAUAUUACUUUUUCUUCUGCAGAAAAUUAAUGGGUCUACAGAGAAUAUUUUCAGCUACAACAAUAGUAGUGGGUAUAUUUAUAACAGUAGAUUAUGGAUUGUGUGAUGAAUUUCGUUGCCGAGGAUAUGAACGAGAAAAGAUUUCUGAGGAUACUGGAGCAUGGAGUGGUCAGACCCAUGCAAUUUGGACAACUGUUUAUAUUGCUGGUUUGGCUGUAUUUGCAGCUUAUUUUACUUUAUUGGAUCGUUAUAUUUUAGCUAAUAAUGAUCAGGAUAUUCAAAACAUUACAAUUCCAUCAACAUUUCUGAGUACCGUGUCAAGAUCUGUCUCUUUUCCACAUACUAGCAGUAUGCCACCACCACAGUUUAUUGGUAAUGGUCCAAAUUAUACCACACAUCUAACUAAAAAGCAGUCUGUGGUUCAUCUGGCUAUGUGGAUACAUAUUUUUGGAGUCGUUUUCACAUUAGCCAUGUUCUGGACAGAUUUUUUGCCAGAGAUUGGAAAAGGAGAAAAUGCCAGUGACUUUUGGAACCACACUAUUAGUGGCAUUGCUUGCCAUUUCCAGAAACCAUUACCUCCCAACAUGGGACAAUUCCCGUGUGGUAACGUAUUUAUAUUCUCAUGGUUGUUCAUGUGUUCGUAUGUAUUGUUCGUAGUAAUGUCCAUUAAGUUUUUGAUAUUAACUCAGUCUGCAGUUUAUACCAUUGCUUCUAUGUCGACGUCAUUACCUCUGGUUGGAAUUUGGUGGUCGCUUUUCCAUGUCUCGCCACAUACCAUUGGUAUUUUAGUUUGGUCUCCUUCAAUUACUGGUGAACUAAUUUGCGGACUUUUGGGAUUGCCUAUUAUCCUCGUUGGGCUCUUCUUAUUAUACAAAGCCCAUUUGAAGGAUUACCAAUUUUCAAGACAUAGUAGUCUAUAUGUAGGCACAAACAAUAAUUUUGCCUGAAGGAUUUAAAACACUACGAAUUUCCUCUCAGUUGAAAUUAAUUGAUUAGUUUCUUUAAGUGUGUGAGCUAUUAAGUUGGUAUUUAUCAUAAUUACCUGAAAAAAUUAUAGUAUUAUUGAAAGUAGAUACACGCAUUUACUAAUUGCAACAAUUCUGAUGUCGUUUGUACACACACGACAUCUAGAAUCUUAUGAACAAUUAAUUAUUGAUCAAAUCUAAAUAUUUAAAUUAGAUAUACAAGAUAGAAAUUUAAAAAAAAAUAGUUAUCUAGUUUUGGACUUAAUUAAAAACCAAGUAUAAUGAUCAAUACCGACAACAUAUUUUAUUUUAUGUGAUAACUAUAAUUAUUGUGAUCGUCUAGAAUAGUGAUUUAAAACGCGAUUUGAAAGUAUUGACAAAGCCAAAAAAGUUAACAAAGACAAAACUUUAUUUUAAUAACAAGACUGAUUUUGCAAUAGCAGACAAAAAAAAAUUAUAAAUUGUGUUUUAUCUGAUUCGUUUAUUUUAAAGUCUUAGAUGUCAAAAAUGUGCCAAAUGUCAAAUUUAUUACUUAUUAUUAUUAUUACCGAAGAAACAUUUAAUAAAAUAAACGAUUCAGAACAUUUUUCCGAACAAACCCAUUAUGUAAUAUUAUUCGACCUCUUAAUUGAAAUAUUUUUUGCUUUAUUCUUGUAGAUGAAUUUAUUUAUUUGCUAUAUGUAAUUUUAUCUAAAAAUGAGUGUCAAGUUUAACAACACAUAAUAUUUUUACAAUUACUUAACAAUGCAUUCAACCUUAAAAAAUAUUAAAUUUUUACUUUCAAUUUCUUGCAUAACCAACACUAUAUAUUUUAUGUGUAUUUAAUUUAAUUUAUUAUUCGUCAUUUUUAUUUCAUUUAUAGUAUUGUUAUCCAUGUUUUUUGUAGGUAGCUUCUUUUCUAAUUGGAAAGUAAUAUAAUCCGAUUGUUUUACAAUCUUUCUCUUUGAUCAAUUUGACAUCUACUAAAGAUAUCUUUAUGGUAUUCUACUUUCUUCAUAUUCAGUACUUAUCCUAUAUAGCAUCGAAAUCUUUGAGCUCUUACAAAUCUAGUAAUUCUUGAAUCCUUGCACAGAUCAAAAUGUUUACUUUUUAUGUUAUUCCACCCAUCCAUGGUGUUCUGCCCCAUAUUAUUUCUUUUCAAUAUUUUUCUCCUACCUUUUUAACCGUGUUCUUUGAUUUUUUAACAUCUAUGUUUUGCUGAUAUAUAUUUUGUAGACUUUUUUUCCGAUGAAGUUUGAAUUCACUAUGCUUUCAUAAUUUAUGUUUCCGUCCAUUACUUUUGCUUUAAUUUCUCUACUCUCGUGUUCUAUAUCGUAAAUUUGUACUUCCAGUCAGACAAAACUUGUUAUCUUUUAAAUCUAUAUUUUCUGGCUUUUUUUAUGAACGUGAGAUGUUCAUUUUGCUUUUCAUAGUUUGUGUACGUAUUUUCAUACACUUAAUUUUGAUUGUAUUUAUUUCUAGACUCUAGAUUUUCUUCGGAAAUUAAUGAUUUCAUAAUUCUAAAAGUUCUUUUCUGCCCUUUGCCAUUACAGUCAAAAAUUAAACAUUACUCUUGAUAAUAAGUCUCUUUUUCUGAGUCUACCGUUCACCAAAAGUUUCUUGAUCUAUAUAAUUUUCACAUAAUUUCAUUUCCGGUUUUUUCUACUGAAGGAAAGAAUAUUUUUAACGGCAAAAACCAAAAUUUGAUAAAAGAAUAUGUAGACAUAUGUUCUUUGUACUUAAUGAAAUCUUUAGUAUUAUUAUACUAGUUUUAUAGAUCUCUUCCUCUCGUCUUUUCAGAAUCAUAGUAUUAAUAUUUUUUAAGUAUACCUAUCCUGUUCUUAAACUAGGAGGAGUAAUUCAAAUUUACCGUGCCGUAAUGCUUGUUUGUAAUUAGUGCAACCUCAGGCAAAUUUACUCCACUGUUAUGAAAUUUUGACGUUAUUGACAUUUAUGAAAUUUUGACACUAUUGACAUUUCAUAGGUUAAUAAUUACGUUGUAUUGGCUAUUUUUGUGUUUUCUGCGUUAUUCUUUUAACUAGAUUAGUUAGAUUUUUAGUCUGCUUUUAUCUCAUAAUUUAUAACUCUUUAGCAACGUAUUAGUAUAAUAUCAUAUUUAUGGAUUACCGUCGAAGGCCCACAUGAUCAACCAAAAAAAGAUCUAUUUGGUGAUUUUUCUAGUGACAUUAUAGGGUGUGAAUAUGUCUUUGACUUUACUCCUCCUGGUUUAAAAACAGGGUAUAAUAAUUAAGUGACCAAAAUGUGCCUCUUAUUAUAAAUACUUUUCAGAUAACUGGAUUAAUUAUAUACCUUUUUCAGUUUCAUAUACACUCUUCCGUGAAUUAUUUUAAUAGGUCUUAAGAAUAUAAUGACCUUAUUCUGUAUUGGGAACAGUUUUUGGCAAAUUAUAUCUUUUAUAACGUGGUAAAGAUGGAAUUCAAUUUGAUAUUUAUCAACGGACAUACACUUUUGUUUGGCACUGAUUUUUAGAUAAAAACGUAUUUAUUACUAGGUAUUUGCAUAUGAAGACAAUAGAAAUACGCAAUUAAAAUACAGGGGAUUUAAAAAAUUGUAGUAUUUCCAGGGAUUUUCAUUGUAGGUGUGUUACUCUAUUAGAAAUUAAAAAAAAAACUUUCGACGAAUUUCUCAUGUUUUAGUCUUGAUAAGUGUAAGUACCAAAAAAACUAAGCUAAACAUAUAUUAUAUAUUUUCAUGUUUAUUCUUAAGUGUAUAAUCUUUUUCAUUUUAGUGACAUUGUAAUUUUUGGAAUGUGAGAUAUGUAUAUGUAUAGGUUCCUUAAAAGAAUAGUAUUGAAUUAUUUGUUUAUUGUUUUAAAUAGGAGUUGAUAAUGAUCUAUUUUUCAAUGGUUAGGUAAAUUGGUAUGUCGAAUUAAUUUGAAAUGUACCUUUUUAGACGCGAGCUAAAAAUUUCGUACAUAGUUAAAUCUGUUACAUGUAUGUAACAUAUUUAAGCUCCAAAAAAGAAAGACAGAUUUCUUAUCUCGGCUAUGUUUCAAAGUCAAAUAUUAUUCUUUACUAUUGUAUUACAAAUAAAUGUCAGAACUGAGGAAAAAACGUGGAAGAUUGUUCUUAGAAUAUUUAUUUUUCUAUAUAACUGCAUUCAACUCGUCAACACACUGAGGUUCGAGUACCUAUGUUGUUCUAGGUGACAGCCAGCGUUGGCUGAAAAGAUGUAAGGGUUGAUGUUUUAUAGUAUAAUAAUAUGAUACAUCAAAUUCUGAUUAUUCUGUGUAUUUUUGAAUGUAAUAAUUAUUGUAUAAUGUGUGAUUCUAUGUUUGUGGAUGUUCAUAAGUUAUCAAUUGUUGGGACUAACAUUUUUGUGUAUUGUGCUGCAUAUGUGUAUGAUGAUGACUUGUGUUUUACAUUUUGCUAUCCUCACAUUUUUCUUCAUUUAGCAAGAUGCAGAUGCAAAGAAGCAGCCCUCAUCCUAUAGACACAACAUUUAAAAAAGAACUUGAUAUAAUGGCUGUCAUGUCACUGACAAGAUACACGAAAAAAUAUAGGCAUGUAUAUUUUGUUUGUUUGUUUGUUUUAUACCUCCGAAGAGUGCUAUCAAAUUCACUAGCAUGAAGUGAUAAAUUCUUCAGUGAAGUUUUUUACUAUAUAUAUGAAUAACUCUGCAAGACAGAACAAAAAACCAAGAGGUCAUUAGAAGAACCAAAGUGACUGACGUCAUUGAAAGGAUAACCCGACUAAAAUGGAGAUAGCAGGACACACAGCCAGAAUGACAGAUGGGCUAUGAACAAAGAAGUUAUUGGAAUGGAGACCAAGGGAAGACAAGAGAAGCGUCGGUCGACCACCUACAAGAUGGACCGACGAUUUAAGAAGGCUAAAUAAAAACUGGAUGAGAGCGGCGCAAGAUAGACAGGGUUUUAAACAGGAGAAAGAGGCAUAUGUUCAACAGUGGCUGGAUGACUAUAUGUUACGAAAGUUCCGUAGAUUGAUCCUACAUAGAAAAAGGCCCUUGACGUGAAAGAAGAAGUCGUCACGUACGAGAAUGUUCUAGACGUCAUGGAAUAACCCAGAAAUGUCUGGUGACGUCUAGAACGUCAGAAAAUCUAUAUAAACACAUGUGUUUGACAUUUUCGAUAUAGUUGUUAUUGAAAUUUCGAAGUUAAAAGUUGUCAGUUUUGUAAAAGUUGUUAAAGUAUUGAAAUUGUAUUGGAGUUUGAAUAAAGUUAUUUAAACGAAGUGUAACAUUGGCGACAGCGGUGGGAUAAGAAGACAUUAGGUAAUUUUUUUAUGGUAAAUACAAGAUCUACUAAUUUUGAGAAAGAGAUGGACACAACCGGGCCCCCAGCAUGGUUUUUAAAAAUGGAAGAGUUGAAAGAGAAACGUAGGCAAGAAGAGAAGGAAAAUGACAAGGCAAGAAUAGAAAGAAAAUGAAGAGAAACGUAGGCAAGAAGAGAAAGAGAAAAAGGAGAAGCGUAGACAAGAAGAGGAAGUCACAUUAAUAAUAGAAUAGUUAAAUUACAAGCGUUAAAUGAAGCACUAAUCUCAGCUCAAGAGUUUGAAGCAAAAAGUGUUUCCAGAUCUCGCCCAAAAUUAAAAGAAAUAAGAUUUCGGGAAAAUGAAGAAGUCACUACCACAGAUAUCCAACAACCUAUUUUGUCCCAAAUGUUAAACAUACUGCAAAAUCUUCAACAAAAAGCUCAAAAUCAAAACAGAAGAUGUUUUAACUGCGGAAGAAUGGGACAUUUGCAAGUCAAUUGCAGAAGCCGCUCCCAAAUACGAAAAGAAGAAUACCAUAAUGAGAUCAGAAGAUCGCCUAGAUCGACAUCCAGAAGCCCAUCACAUAGCCCUACUAGAAAUACUAGUAGAGAUAGAUAGGUAUCUAAGAAAUCGAUCUCCCACAACUGACCACAGAUAUCCAAACAAUAGCCAGGGAAAUGAAUAAAAGUCGACACUAAGGGGCGGGCGUCGGCUGUAUCUAAUAAAAGCCACCAAAUUCGCAGUUAUACAACGGUUAUACUUUAAAUAAAAAUAAACAGAAUUUGCUACUUAAGGGCUACGUUAACAAUAAAGAAUGCACCUUUAUUAUUGAUACCGGUGCAACUAGAUCAUUUAUUCGAACCGGAUUUCUGAAUGGAAAACUGGAGCCAACUAAAACAAACUUAGUUCUGGAAACAGCUUCAGGUCACAGUAUUCCAAUUCAUGGAGAAAUAUCGGCAUCCAUACAGAUUGGUAACACCUUGAUCAAACACAUAUUUCUUGUAGCCGAUAUUAAAGAUGAAUGCGUUCUUGGAAUGCACAUUAUGCAGAACAAAUUUAUCAUAGAUCUUCAAAAUAAAAUUUUGUUUAUUGAAAAUGAAGAAAUCGUCCUAAAUUUUGAAGAAUCGAUACCUCAAGUAAGAGUUAUAGUUAGUGAAGAUACAGAAAUUCCUCAAAAUUCUGAAAGUGAGUUUGAUAGUCCUGGCGAAACUGAGUCAAAAACCUGAAGGUUUACAUUUCGGCGUUGUAGAAAGCGAGGAACUUAUUAAUGACGUAAUCUUGAUAGCCAGGUGUCCCGUGAAUGUAGAUGACAUGAUUCCAGUAAGGGUUGCUAAUUUGUCCAAAAAGCCUUUAAAAUUUAAGAAAGAACAACAAUUAUCACUCUACACGCCAAUAGGAAAAAUAUUCAAGUGUCAAAAAUAUUUGAAAAAUAAUACAGCUUAAGUUACCAAGUUGACGCUAACCUGACGAAAGAUAUAAUCAAAAAUGUUGAUCACUUAACAACUCAGGAAUUAGAAAAAGUUAAUGAAUUUAUUAAUGAAAACUACGAUAUUUUUGAAUCCAAGAACUCUAUAGGGCGUACUAGUUUAGUUCAACAUAGAAUUUAUACUGGAGAUGCAAGACCAAUUCGUCAAGCACCACGGAGACUACCAUUUGCUAGACAAAAAGAAGUCGAAAACAUAAUACAAGACAUGAUAAAUAACGAUAUCAUCGGAGAAGCUUCAGGCCCCUGGUGUUCACCAGUAGUCUUAGUAACUAAGAAAGACGGAUCUACUCGCUUUUAGUAGAUGAUACACUAAAUACUUUAUCAGGUGCUAAAUGGUUUUCGACCCUAGACUUAAAAUGUGGCUACUGGCAAGUAGAAGUACAUCCUGAUGAUCGAGACAAAACAGCUUUCUCAACUGGCCGUGGUCUGUACAGGUUUUGAGUUCUACCAUUUGGUCUUUGUAAUGCUUCAGCUACGUUUGAACGUCUGAUGGAAAUGGUUUUAAGAAGAUUUACGUGGAAAACAUGUCUAGUAUAUCUUGAUGAUAUAAUGAUUGUGUCCAAAACCUUUGAUGAGCAUCUGAAAAACUUAAACGAGGUAUUUGACAGAUUGCGAAAUGCCAAUUUAAAGCUCAAUUAUAAGAAAUGUUCACUAUUUCAAAGAGAAGCGUACUAUCUAGGACAUAUCGUUUCAGCAGAUGGAAUUAAAACGGAUCCAGAGAAGAUUUCAGUUAUUAAAGAUUGGCCUAAACCAGGAAACAAACAAGAAUGUGUGUGUACUUUGUACGCACGCAAGAAGUUAUUCUUCUACUACAUAUUAUGUGAUUUUUAAGACAAUACCAAAAAUUAAAAAAAAAUAAAAGAAUAAAACGCACACAAACACAUUGAAAAAUGCCACAAAGAAAAAAUGAUUUCUGAACGAUAAUAAUUGUUGGCAACAAUUUUAAAUACGCAUUUUCUAAAAAAAAAAAAUUAUAUAACAAAUAUACUUACAAUCAUAACAUGCAUAAAAAAAUAAAAAAAUAAAACUUGCAUCGGGAAUUGAACGCUUGAAUUUCGUGCCGCUUUGACUCGUAAUCGAAGCGUAGACUCACUCAUCGUCCAAUCCCACAUUAUUUAUCAUGUGGAAAAAUACGGUAACUGAACGUUUUACUGUUUGACAGUUGUUUUGAAAACUAAAUUAUUUAGUUUAAAUUUUGUGGAAGAAAAUAUAAAAAUAUAACAAAACAGUGAGAAAACAAUAUAUUAGAUGAAGAUUGGUAGAACUUUUGUUGGUAAUCAAAUUAAGUAUGUAAAUCAAAGCAUUACAUACCUACUAGAUAAAUAAAUCUACGCCAAAAAAUCAUAAUUUAAAAAUAAAAAUCGAACCUAAUUUGGGAUUUCUCUCUAAAAUCCGCAUUCUUGAGAAAAUAAAUGUAUGUAUUUCAACCUAAUCCAAAUGUAUAAUUACAAUAUGAUUAUAAUAAAAACUACCUACCAAAUUAGAAUGAGUUUUCCUUGUCCAAAAUAGUCCAAAAGUCCAAAAAUAUAGGUAUAUGAAAACUAUUUAAAAGGCAGUAUAACUGUUAACUAACUUUUGUUUGUUGUUUCUUUUCACACAAAUUUUAAAACGCAACAACCAUAAAUAAUCUAACUACAGCUGUGCCACAGCCGCCAUAUUGAAUAAUUUUUGACAUGUCAUUUGAACAUCCAAUCAGAACAAAGUUAUAAUGCGCAUGCGCCCGGUCGCUAGGUUUUCCCAUAUAAAAAUUUACCCUCUAUCGCCGGUAAAGAAGUAUAACUUCAAAAAGAAAUUAGAAGUUUUCUUGGACUCUGUUCAUAUUACCGAAAAUUUAUUAAAGAUUUUGGCCGCAUCACUAAACCCCUUUAUCGACUAACCGAAAACAACAAUGAAUUUGGCUGGACACCGGAUUGUCAAAAGUCCUUCGUAGAUUUAAAAAAAAAACGACUUACAACAGCACCUAUCCUAGCCUAUCCACAAGAAAAUGGCAAAUUCCGGUUGGAUUGUGAUGCAUCUCAGCAUGGUAUUGGCGCCGUAUUAUCACAAGAACAAGAAGGCGAAGAAAAAGUUAUUGCAUAUUUUAGUAAAACAAUAGGGAAGGCUGAAAAGAAUUAUUGCGUUACCAGAAAAGAGCUUCUAGCUAUUAUAAAAGCCCUUGAACAUUUUCAUACCUUCCUCUGUAACAGAAACUUUACAAUCAGAACUGACCAUCGCGCUUUGCAGUGGCUAAUGAAUUUUAAAAAACCAGGACAAGUGGCUCGGUGGAUGAGAGAAUCCAACAGUAUAACUUCGGCAUAGUACAUCGAAAAGGGUGUCUCCAUAAUAAUGCCGAUCUUCUUUCUAGAUGACCCUGUUUGGAAAGACAAUGCCAAUGCUGUAAAAGACUUAAAGAAAAAGAGAACGAAACCGAAGAAGUAAGUCUCCGUAUGACCACAGUUGAACAGGAAGAAGAUAAUGAUCAGACUUCCCUUGAAAACAUUAAAAGAGCCAAAAGAAAGAUAACGACUUACGAGAAUGGGUUAAAAAUGGAGUACGACGUAUUUGGCAGGAAAUAUCAAAAUACAGUGGAACUAUAAAGACGUACUGGGCUCAAUGAAAAUCUCUAUAUCUUUCGAAUAGUACGUACCGUUCAACAAGUGGUACUGCCAAGAUCACACAUUAAAAGUGUGUUGAAAGAACUUCGUGUGACAUUUUGGGGUCAAAAGAACACUGGCCAGAGUUCGAGACAGAUUUUACUGGAUUAAUAUUUUCGCCGAGGUGUAGAAGAGUGAUCUAAGAAAUGCGACUUAGGUAUGUAACGGUAGAAAAGGCCCUCAAACAAGAAGUCGUGGUAAAAUGGCACAAUAUCUUUCCGGAGAGCCUUUUGAACGACUUUCAGUGGAUAUCCUCGGUCCACUUCCGACGACAGGGAGAGGUAACAAAUACUUAAUGGUUGCAAUGGAUUAUUUUUCAAAUUGGCCUGAAAUUGCACCCCUUCCUGAUCAAGAAGCGACUACAGUAGCAGAGGCAUUCAUAACACACGUCGUAUCAAGACAUGGAGUUCCUUUAGAGUUGCAUUCUGAUCAAGGACGAAAUUUUAAAUCAGAAUUAUGGCAAUAAUUAAUGAAAAUCUUGGGUAUUAAGAAAACUCGCACUACGCCUCUUCAUCCACAAUCAGACGGAAUGAUGGAAAGAUAUAAUAUAACUAUUUGUCAAUACCUUUGUUUGUUUUUUGUUUGUUUGUUUGAUACUUUAAUUCCUCUAUUCCUGUUAGCAUACAGAAGUUCACAACAUGAAGCAACCGGUUAUUCUCCAUCGAUGAUGAUCACCGGAAGAGAAACGAAGCUUCCUGAAGAUCUUCUUUUCGGAAGAUUGCCUGCCUACGAAGAAGAACCUUUAUUCCUCACAUACGUUGAAAACUUAAGAGAAAAAUUGGAAAAAGUCUACGAAUUUGCUCGUAACAAUUUAAAACUUCAAAGUGAUAAAGCUAAGUCCAGGCUCGAUAUGCAUGCUACUUGGACAAUUUUCGAAAGAGGUGACCCAGUAUGGUUAUACAAUCCCACACGCAAAAAAGGACUUUCUCCGAAACUUCAACGAAACUGAGAAGGCCCAUACACUGUCUUGAAGAGAAUAAACGAUCUAGUCUACCGCAUCCAGUUUUCAGCUAGAAGUAAACCCAAAGUAGUUCAUAUUGAGAGAUUAGCCCCAGAUCAUGGAAUUGAUGCACCCUGUUGGCUUCAACCAGACCCUGAUAGACCUGUUAUUCGAGGCGAAUAACUUUAAAAGAGGGAGCAUUGUUACGACAGUUCCGUAGAUUGAUCCUACAUAGAAAAAGUCCCUUAGCGUGAAAGAAGAAGUAGUCACGUACGAGAAUGUUCUAGACGUCAUGGAAUAACCCAGAAAUGUCUGGUGACAUCUAGAACGUCAGAAAAUCUAUAUUGGCCAUGAGCCGAUGGGUAGAGGGGAUUUGACAGCUUUCGCCAGCGCUGUUAGUGGCAGUUUUGUGCAUUUAUCUGAUAAAUUUAAAUGGCGCGCCAUGGGUAGAGGAGAGGGGAUUUGACGGUUUUCUCCAGCGCUGUUAGUGCAGCGUUGCCACAUUUAGUAGAUUUCUACUUUUUUGGUAGAUUUUUGAUAUUUUUUAAAAAAUUCUAGUAGGCAAUAAUUUUUAGUAGAUUUUUGGUAUAUUUCAACAUUUCCUUAUGACAAAAAUAAAAUUUGCUUUUUAAUAGUAUUUACCCCAUUUCUAAAUUAAUUUUUAGACAUUUUGUUACAAUUUCCCAAUGUCAUUACCGAAAAUAAGAUACAGGGGUGGGAUUCUGUGUACAAUCGCUAACACCGCCGACCGCUUUCUAUCAAUGUCAAUAUAUUUGAAUUUUUAGUUUUAAUUCAAAUAUUUUCUGGUUUUACUAAGUGUCACUUCAGCAUCAACUAGCAAAACUAGAAAAUAAUUCAAUUAAAGCUAAAAAUUCAAAUAUUUUCACGACAAUUGACAUCCAUAGAAAGCGAAGUGUAGAUAUCUACAGUGCACGGAAUCUAGCUCCAGGACGUAGAUGAUGAAUAUUAAACAGAAAUGAAACUGGAUUCUGGUGUAACAAACUUGUAGAUUUCAAGUAGCAGUGCAAUCAGUACCUAUUUCAGGUGUUAUUGAAGAGUUCUGGCAUUCGGUGAGCCUGUUAGAAGCUAACGAUGGAAAACUAAAAUAUCUAAAUAUUAAAAUUAUAAUAUAUGUAACUUUGCAAAACAACAAAUGUUGUGUUUGCGUGUUUCUAAUGUAACAUGCGAAAUAAUUGUUUGAAGAAUAUGAUCCAGACAUGCAGAUGUUAAAAUCAGUGGAUGACAAAAUAUUAUAUACAAAUAUUAAAUAUAAAACUGAUAAAAAUUAAUAAUAGUUGGUCAUUUUUUCCCCAGUUAAAUUAUAAAAAAGUUUGGUUUUUGUUUACAAACAGUCAUAUUAAUUUCUAGUUAAACUCCCUCUGUGGCUCAGUGGUAAGAGCGCCUACCUUUGGAUCGAAAGGACCGAAUGGUCGUGAGUUCGAAUCUCACCAGGGUAGAGAAUUUUUCUUUUAUUAUAAAUUAAUAAAUGAAAAUAGUUUCUAUCCUUGUGGGAUCGGUACCCACCGGAGGGACCGCAGACGUUCGGAUACAAUUAGCGUCUCUGCAAAGACAAUGACAUCGACUUUGCAAAGUAACAAGACACUUACUAAACACACACACUACACAUAACACUAGCUACCUAAUUGGUAAAAUCCACUGUACCAUCACCAUGCCAAUGCCCAUUAGUUGUCGAGGCAUUAGCUAAAUAAAAAAAUUUCUAGUUAGUCAGCUGUUAUUUUUAUUAUAGAAAGUUCUAAAUUAUAUACAAAUAUAUUAAUAAAGUUUUAUAGUAUAUUGUAUUUUAGUUUUUGAUAAGUAGAUUUUAGUAAGCUAAACUUACAGUAGAUUUUCUAAAUAAAAUGUGGCAACGCUGUGUUAGUGGCAGUUGGCAGUUUUGUUUUGUGCAUUUGAUAAACUUUAUAAACUGAAAUGGCGGAUAAUACGGAUUUUUCAAAAAAGAAAACAGGAUAUUGCAGCUGUUGUAUUGAUUUAUGUAAAAAUACUGAAUAUAACAGUACUGGAUGCAUUUAUUAUAUUCGGAAACAUUGCGUACAUGUCCUGCAUCAACUAAAUCCUUUCCUUUUUUGGUGUUGCUGAUUGAAAUUGGAUAUCAUGGGAAAUAAGACUUGAAUCCAAUAUGUUUAAUAUCCAUUUUGAUAGAAUUCAAACAAAUUACAAUUCAUACAAAUUACAAAUUUUAAUAAGCAAAUCAGUAAGCACACAAAAAUAAACAGAGGUAACAUUUAAAAUGUUAAAUAAUUCAUUUAAACUUAUUCUUUUUCUCAAUGGUCUCUUGCGUAAUCAGUCAUCCAGUCGCACGAACUUAUAUAUUAAAUAUUAAAAUUAUAAUGAAUAAAAUAAAAAAACAUAAUUAAUUUUACUAUUAAUUCUGUGUAUUCAUUUAGUAAUCAGGUUACAAUAAUAUUUCAGUUCAUAAUUUGUGUCUUUCUAGAUAAGUAUCUAUUUUUCUCGUUUUGUAUAUUUCACAUACAUAAAUUUUAUCAGAAAAGUAUAAGUUUCAAACCGCGAGAUUGCGCUACCGUCGAAACUCACAGCCAAUAAACACAUGUGUUUGACAUUUUCCAUAUUAGUCCUGUCGCCAGGGGGGGGGGGUACAACGGCCUCCUUUAUUCAGAUGGACUCACACAAGUAUUUUUUAUGUAUUUUCACCCGUAGAACACGAAUUUUUUGGGUAACAGUUGAUCCGGAUGUCGAUAAGAUUGUUAUAAACAAAGAACUUAAGGAAUCACAUAACAGCGAUUUUUCGCAA